AGAUUCAAAAAAAUUUGACAUUAGGAGGCUCAAUGAAUUCGAACGAGUCCUUCAAAUCCAUCACAACAAUUCUGACGAAUCCGAUCAACAGAGCAUGGCGAGUCAAGCUUCAAAUCACUCCUCUACAAGCUCAGAUCAAGCCGAAAAUAAAUACACUUUGGAAGAGAUGUGUCAUACUAUAGCAAUAGGUACUCGUAAACUUGGAGGAAUAUUAGGAAGACGACGGCACAAAGCUUUUAUGAAAGAAGUCAAGUCGGAACGUUCACGAAUUGUAAAUAAGUUGAAAUGUUAUUGGAAGGGGAUGGUUGCAGAACGAAAAAGGGGACCUGGCAAAAAAGGAAAAGGAAAGGAAAACAUUAAUACUGAAGGAACCUCAACUCAACCUUUAAAUGUGAGAGUACUUAGAAAAAGAAAUCAUGUUGAUUAUUCUGAAGUUGAUUUCUCCGAUGUCGAUUCUCAUGUAGGUGAUGUGGAGAAGAGAAAUUGGAACGGAUUGCGAAAGAAAAAAAAUGAGCUUGAAGUUAGAAUUGUGGAAUUAGAACGGUCUGCAAGAGAAAAUAUUGAGCUUAGAUCCAGGGUUGCGAAAUUAGAACAAAAACUAUCACAAAAUGACUCAAGGAGUAAGGAUGCUAUCGCAUCUGAAGAAAAGAGCAACCAUAUUGCUAAAUCGAAUAAGGACACCAGUGAAAUCAGGCCCAAAGAGUUGACUUUGACGAUCACGAAUCUUCAGUUGAUGUCACAUCUUCUGAAACGGAAAAUUCUAACGAUACUUUGA